AUGCCCGCCACCUCAUCGACCUAUCCCAUCUAUCCCCGCCAGUACUGGGACAUUUCCAACCUCUCUCCGACGUGGUUCGCCUGGAACAAGCUCACAGCCCACGAUGUUUACCUCCUCCGAGAAGAGGCGGACUUUGCCGGACAGGACGUCUGGUUCUGGUUGAACCAUCCAAUACGACAUGUACGACUUGUGGGAGUCGUGGUGCAGAUCGAGCUUGUUGGAUAUGGGAGAUACAUCAUGGUGACGCUCGACGACAGCUCGGGAGCGAAUAUCGAGGUCAAGAUUGAGGUUCGACCGGCGAGGAAGCCGCAUGACAUUGAGGAUUGGCCGAGCAAUACUAUGGUUGAUAAUGUGGGAGUCGUCGUCACAUGGGGCCUGGCGGAAGUCUUUGUGGACAAUCAGGUCUUGAAGCUGGGUGCCGUUGUGAGAGCUCAGGGCAAGGUCGUCACAUUUCGGAGGACGGCGGCUGCUGGUCAGGCAUCGGCGAAGGUUACCGCAAGAGAGGAACGACAGCUACUCCUCGAAAGCAUUGCUCGAGUCCAGAACACGAACGAGGAGGCCAUUCACUGGUCCAAGGCUGCUGAUUGGAAGCGAAGAGUGCUCAGCAAGCCUUGGGUUCUGACUCAAGAGCAGAUGAAUGCCGCUGAUGAGAAGAUGAAGACCGAGAGGAAGCUUGCAGAGAAGAAGAGCCAGCACCGGCAGAAGUGGGACAAGCAGCGUGCUCAGAAAACGACGGAGCGGGAGGCGAGGAGGGAAUUGAAGAGAACCAAGGACGAGCAGGAGAUGAACCAGAACGCGCUGAAAGGGAGUGAUAUUCUGCCUGCGCCGUGGCUAUAGUCUGGUUGAUCAACAUUGCGCUGGCUCGUCUGUGGACCACUCUUGCUUUGCGAACUCGCUUGCUAUUCAAGGCGUAAAUCUCGACCCUUCUCACUCGAGGAAACCCAUCUCUUUUCCCAGAUCACGCUCUUGCCAGCACUUCAGGCCAUGUUCAUCAUUCCAAGUAGGACCAGAACGACUGUGCAAAUGCCUUCGCGGGACGCACGUUGG